AUGGCGCCAAAGACAAUGAAGGCAGUCCAGAUCCAAGAGUUCAACGAAUCUUAUCAUAUCUCCGAAGUGCCCGUCCCCAGGCCCAAACCGCACCAAGUGCUUGUCCGCAUUAAGGCCGCGGGGUUCUGUCAUACAGAUCUCAUGGCAUUGAAUGGCGAGUUCAACUCUAAGUUGCCAUUUAUCGGUUCUCACGAGCCUGCGGGAAUUAUUGAGGGGAUUGGGUCCCAGGUAACUGGGUUUACGAAGGGUGAUAGAGUCGGGUGUAUCAAUUUCGAUACCGUUUGUGGAAAAUGUCCAGACUGCAAAGCAGGUCUUCCGAUUUAUUGCGAUAAUCCGCUAAUGAAGGGACUGACUGCUGACGGUGGCUGGGCAGAAUAUAUGGUUGCAGAUGCCCGUUUCCUUGUCAAACUCCCAGAUGACAUGGAGUUCAAGAUUGCAGCACCCUUGAUGUGUGCCGGUAUUAGUAUCUAUGGAGGGAUCGUUCGAGCAAGCGUACCCAAAGGAGGAUCCAUUGGAAUAGUGGGAAUCGGUGGACUCGGCCAUAUUGGUACCCAGGUGGCCAAAUGCAUGGGCUACAAAGUAGCAGCCAUCGAUGUGAAGCAACCUGCUUUGGACGCAGUUGCAUCUUAUGCCCACAGCCCCGAUAUUUCAAUUCUGGCAACGGAUCCUGUUGAAAAGUCGCUGGAUAAAAUCAACGCAGUGAUUUCCUCGGCUUAUCCUGGCCUGGACGCAACCGUACUUGCCACGGAUCAUCCGUCGGCUUUUGAGCUAGCGGCAGCUCUCACUCGCAAACAUGGCACAAUGGUGCUUUUGGGCCAGCCUGAGAAGGGUAUCACAAUGUCUUAUAUGACCACGAUCUACAAGGACAUCAAGCUGGUUGGGUCCUUAGUUGCCGACACGGCAGAGGCACAGGAGCUGGUCACGCUCUUCCACCAAAACAAACUGGACGUCGAGGUCAAGGAGUGGAGGCUGGAGGAAGCGGAACAGAUGAAGCAGGAAUAUCUAGCGGGGAAAUCGACAGGAAAGAAUGUCGUUGUACUUGAGUAA